ACUACUUUCAAUCAUUUCAAUUUUAUAUAUGAAAUAUAGAUCUCAGAUUCUAAAUCUCAUCAAAUUACACACACAUUUACCACAGAAGAAGGCACAUUCUUACCGUGAUAUAAUUUCUAAUCACCCCAUAUCCUCAUCUUUCUCUAUAUAUGAUUGCUCAAUUCUUCAAAGUAGACUUAAGAACUUAGGGUUAGGGAGCAAGAAAGAGCAUUUAACAUGAAAUCGUACCAUUUUGCAUUCAUAUUAUUGUUCUUCCUUCUUCUCCACCAAUCCCUUUCCGCUAACUUCCCUGUCCCUUAUUCUUCCACGGCCAAAGUAAAGAAGAACAAAAGAGGCAAGACGUUUGAGAAUCAAUGGAAGAGGGAAAUCUGGCCUUCAGAGCCAUAUGCACCACAGAAGAAAAUCAAAGGUCUAUCUCUCAUCAAAAACUACUUUGUCGAAUUUGGCUAUCUUCAAUCCUUUGCUCCAUUCAGCGAUUUUUUAGACCCAAGAACAAUUUCGGCCUUCCAAACCUUCCAGCAACGUUUCAACCUACAAGUUACCGGCAACCUGAACAACCAGACCCUCAACCAAAUCCUACUACCACGUUGCGGUGUCCCUGACAAGAGUUUCCCACGCUUCAUCAACAACGAGGCGCUGCCCAGCUACAAGAACCGAUGGUUCGGCAAGAGAAACCUCACCUACGGUUUUCUUCCGGAGAGUGAAAUCCCAGAAAGCAUGAGAAAAGUGUUCAGAGAUUCCUUCACUCGCUGGGCGACCGCCACAGGGGUUUUGAAUCUGACGGAGACAACCUACGAAAACGCCGACAUCAAAGUAGGGUUCUACAAUUUCACAGAAGGUGUUCCGGAGCAGUUGUAUGGGAUAAGCUCUGUAAGGUUCCAAGAAGGUUCUAAUGUGAGUAUAGGGGAGAUACGUCUUGAUGGUUCCUAUUACUGGGCGGUGCCGAGUGAAAACGACAGCGUAUCGUGGAAGGAGGGGGUUUUGGACUUGGAGAGUGUGGCGAUGCACGAGAUAGGGCAUUUACUUGGACUUGACCACUCUUUCAUGAAAGAGUCUGUUAUGUAUCCUUACAUUUUACCAUCACAGCAACGAAAGAUACAACUCUCUCCGACAAGAACAACAUUCUUCAACAGUACAGUGAUGCCAAGUCUGGUUAUUGUGGAAGUUGGAGAGUUCUUGUAAUUAUCACCUUGUCCCUUGGAUUUGGUUAUAUGGUGCUUCCAGCUUGAGAGUGGAUUUGGAAUCUUACUGGGAAUAAUAUUA